AUGCUUCAGGCCUUGAAUGGCAGGCCAUUGCCAACGGGAUUGGUUUUUUCCAGCUUCAUGACUUGCAUGUCGUUGGGUGGUUUGCUUUUCUCGCCGCAUUUGCUGUUGGGCCUUUGCAGUGCCGAACAGCUUGCAGUGGGUGUUUUUCUUGUCGGAGCAGCGGCACUAGCAGUCCCCGUCUUCUCCACCGCUUUGAUGCCUGUGCUUCUGAGCUUCAUUGUUUUUGAGACUUGCGUGGGCGUAUUCUUUCCCUGCCUGGGCUUGCUGAGAUCCAAGGUGAUUCCAGAUUCCAUCCAGGGAAGCGUGAUGAACAUCUUCAGAGUUCCCCUGAACAUUUUCGUGGUGAUUGGAACAAAACUCACAGAUGUGUAUCCGACUCAGACUGUCUUCUCGAUCAUAGUGUCAUGGUUGCUGGCUGGUGCUGUGAUGCAGGUGGUCCUAGUGGCUUCCAUGAAGACAGGAAAGAAGGUUGAUUGA